GGAAGUCCCUGCUGAGCUAGAGCUGCUCUGGCUCUUUAGGGAGGUCGGAAGAGGCGCCUGCGGGAGUGCUGGGCACAGGAAAGAGCAACCUGGACCCUCCCUCACCGACGACUCUGGCCCUGGGGAGUGUGGCAUUUGUCCCAGAAGUUCCAACUCAGGGAAUCUAUUCUAAGGAAAUAGAAAAGCAGAAACUCUCCAGAUGUCUUCAAAUGAUGACCAGAUUGUUAUCCAGAUAUCACAAAGAAACGCCAGUGGCCUUUCCAGAAUAAAUGCUAGUGAACCAAAGACAUUUGCUGAAAAGCCUAAGAUAGUUUUUCGUAACAUCAGCUAUCAAGAAACAGUGAAGCGUGGCUUCCUGCUUCAUAGAAAAACCGUGGAGAAAGAAAUGUUAUCCAAUAUCAAUGGAAUCAUGGAACCUGGCCUCAAUGCCAUUAUGGGACCCCCAGAUGGAGGCAGAUCUUUGUUGUUAGAUAUCUUAGCUUUAAGGAAAGAUCCAAGUGGAUUGUCUGGAGAUGUCUUGAUAAAUGGAGCACCUCCACCUGCCAAUUUCAAUUCUAUUUCAUGUUAUGUGGUACAAGAUGAUGCUGUGAUGCACACGCUGACAGUGAGAGAAAAUUUACAGUUCUCAGCAGCUCUUCGUCUUCCAACAACUAUGACGAAUCUUGAAAGAUAUGAGCGGGUUAACAGAGUCAUUGAAGAGUUACAGCUGGAAGACCUGGCAGAGUCCAAGGUUACAGCUGCAGGAGAAACAAAAAGGACCAGAAUAGCAAUGGAGUUGAUCACCGAUCCUUCCAUCUUGUUCCUGAAGGAGCCCACAACUGGUUUAGACUCAAGCACAGUACAUACUAUCUUUUUACAACUGAAAUGGAUAUCCGAAAAGAAUCGAACAAUCAUCUUCUCCAUUCAUCAGCCUCCAUAUUCCAUCUUCAAGUGGUUCACUAGCCUCACCUUACUUGCCUCUGGAAAACUCAUGUUUCAUGGGCCUGCAAAGGAUGCUGAGGGGUACUUUAAAUCAGCAGGUUAUCACUGUGAGGACCACCACAACCCUGCAGACUUCUUCCUGGAUGUCAUUAAUGGAGAUAUCUCUGCUGAGACAUUAAUUAGAGAAAAUGAGGACCAUGAAGCCAAUGGUCAUGAAGAAUUUUUCAUGAGAAAUAAACAAGUCACAGAAACAUUAGCUGAGCUUUAUACGAAAUCCUCCUUCUUCAGAGUCACGAAGGAUGAAUUAGAUCAACUCCCAAGGGAACAGAAGGUGAAAAGGAGUUCAGCCUUUAAGAGGACACUGUGCGCCACCUCCUUCUGGCAUCAGCUCAGGUGGAUUGCCUGGCGUGCAUUCAAAAACUUGCUGGGUUAUCCCAGGAUCACCAUAACUCAGGUAAUUACUCUGUUUAUAGUGGGGCUCCUUGCAGGCGCCAUUUUCCUUGGGCUGAAAAAUGAUUGCACUGAAGUGCAUAAUAGAGCCUCUAUACUCCUAGUGCUGACAGUCUACCAGUGCUUUGGCAGUGUAUCUGCUGGGGAGCUCUUUGUCCUUGAGAAGAAUCUUUUCAUACAUGAAUAUGUCAGUGGAUACUAUGGAGUGACAUCAUAUUUUUUUGGAAAACUUUUAGCUGAUUUACUACCCAGGAGGUUCUUGCCAAGUGUCGUAUUUACUUGUACACUAUAUUUCAUGUUAGGAUUGAAACCAGGGCUGGAAGCUUUCCUCAUUGUAUUUUUUACUAUUAUGAUGGUGACAUACACUGCCAGUUCUAUGGCUCUGGCUAUAGCAAUAAGUCAGAGGCUGGACUACAUGACACACUUUCUCAUGAACAUCUAUAUUGCAUUCAUGGUGAUCUUUUUGGCUACAGCAUUUUAUUUUGAAACAACUGCGCCCAGACUUUCGUGGCUUCAGUACUUCAGCAUCCCUCAUUAUGGCUUCAUGGCUUUGCAGUAUAAUGAAUUUUUAGGACAAAACUACUGUCCAGGAUUCAAUACAAAAGAAAGCAGUGUCUGUCCCAACUAUGUAAUGUGCACUGGCGAUGAAUUCCUGGCCCUUCAGGGUAUUGAUGCCUCACCUUGGAACUUGUGGAAGAAUCAUGUGGGUUUGGCUGUUUUGAUGAGUAUCUUCCUUGUAAUUACCUAUCUAAAAUUAUUUUUUCUUAAAAAGUAUUCCUAAAUUCAUUUUCAGUUUAUUCUGAAUUACUCUCAUAUUAAAAACUCAUUGAUUUUUUUUAAGCAUCCACUGAGAAUUUUAUACUGGCAUAUAUGCAUUACACAGUGAUGGGACAAACACAUUUUCGUUCAAGUAUGCAAUAUGCUCUGACCAAAUCUUUUCCUUUCUCCUCCACUCCCUCCCUUCCUUUUCACAGCCAGUCCAGCUUUUCAGGUCAUAUAUAUGUUUUUGGACUUUUGAAAGAUCACUUUGAUACUCUGAUAGAAGGUUUUAAGUUCUUA